GUGAAGCGGGUUGUUACCACAGCGACAACUUUUCUAAUCAUGGAUGAUCUUUAUUUAGAUAACAUCGACGAAUAUGUGAACGAUCAGAAUAAAAUUGUCACAUAUAAAUGGCUCAGUCUCACUCUUGGCAUCCACGUCAACACUGCAAAACAGAUGCUUUAUCACUAUUUGGAGCAGAGACGCAAGGAGAGGUCAGGAACUACACUGCGUGCCACCUACCUCGUAUCUGGGAAGUGUGUAGAGAACGGUAACACGUGCCAUAAAGUGUCAGUAGUGCGUGAAGACAAGCUGGACGACAUGAAGUCGAAGCUGGACGUGACGGUGAGUGUACAUGUGUACAGCGUACAGAAAGCUGAGCUGAAGGACAGCGCUCCACUCUACAGCACAGACUACGAUGCCGUGAAGGAAAACCUGAAGAACUGCAACAAGUACAGUGCCAUCCGGUGCUCUGCUGCUGUACCCAUGUCCACCGCCCAGCUGCAGAGAGCUCAGGAGAAAUCUCUUGCUGCCGUAACUGACCACGAAGCCAAGAAACCAGUCCUGAACAACUCCACAGCACCUGCUGCCAAAGCCAAACGGCCUGCGGGCAUCAUGGGAAUGUUUUCGACCAAAGCUGGGACGAAAAGUGACGAGCAGAACAAAGAGGUGAAAACGGAACAGAAAGACGAUUCUGCAGCUGAAGCACCUAAAACCAAGGUAUCAUCUAAAGCUAACGCCAUGAACAACUUUUUUGGGAAGUGUGCAGUCAAAAAGGUAGCCGCUGGUCCAGACAAAAACAUAAAAGAAGAGACGGACGGGAGUGCGACAUCAGCAGCAGGAAGCACAAAACAGUCUCAUACCCCACCCAAAUCUCAACCGGACAUAAAGGAGGAGAAACAGACGGAGGCUACAGUAAAGAAAAAUGACUCCAAAGACUCACGCAGUAAAACGAAGCGCCUCGAGCAUUCGGACAGCGAAGACGAAAAGGAAGAGAGUCAGAAGAAGAAAAGACGGAGGAUAAAGAAGCCUCAGCCUGACAGCAGUGAUGAUGAGGUAAUUCCAGAUUCUCCACCUGUGCCUGACGUGCGGACGCCGAGCCCCAAAAAGCAAGUGAAGAAAGAACCGGUUUCACAAGAAAAUUCAGAGGGCAGGAGGAGGAAGAGGAGACGGGUUUUAAAGUCCCGUACGUUUGUCGAUGAUGAGGACUGCAUUGUGACUGAGAAAGGCUACGAGAGUGAAUCCUACUCCGAGAGUGAUGACGACUCGAAGGUCAGCGGUAAACCCUCCGAGGAUUCGGCCUCGCUCAAGCAGUUUAUGGGGAAAAGAGACGAAGAGAAAAAGGUUAAAGAGAAAGCUCAGAAGAAAGCUGCUGCUGCUGCUGCAAAUAAACCAGUUAAACAGGCGUCCAUCAUGGGCUUCUUCCAAAAGAAAUGAGUUUACACGACUCCCAGUUUUCACUACUUUCAUCACUCAGAAUAAUAAUGGCUGCAGUCUGGAGCUGGAUAUUUAUAGCACAUUUUUCAUUUAGGACGAUCACCAGAUGCGAGUGUGGUCCUCAUUUAUCAUCCAUCAUGCACUUAGACACAUGCUGGAACUGGACAUUCACUACAGGGACUGACCAGUAGAUGUCCCUGUUACAUUUGUUACCAGGAGUUCUGGUAUCUGCUGUGUGUCUCUGUGUGUCCUUUAGAGCCAGGCACUGUGUUUAUCUUUAUGAGGGCACAGUGCCACACUGUUAUCCAACAUUGUACUUAAAUAAUAAACCUUGUUCUUUUAUAAAUAAUAAACUUGAUGUUGUAAUGA